GUUGGAGCGGCUGCAGCGCAUCGUCAGCAAGCUGCAGAUGGAGUCGGGGCUCUGCGAGGAGCAGCUCAACCAGGCGGACACCCUGCUGCAGUCGGACAUCCGGCUGCUGAACGCCGGGAAGCCGCCGCAGAAGGCGGCCGAGAUCGAGCGGGACCUGGACAAGGCGGAUGCCAUGAUCCGGCUGCUCUUCAACGACGUGCAGACCCUCAAGGACGGGCGGCACCCGCAAGGGGAGCAGAUGUACCGCAGGUACGGCCCGACACAGCUCUCGCCGGGACCCCGCAAUGCCUACCGCGAGUGCCUGGGCAAGCUGGACCUGCAGUACGCCAAGCUGCUGAACUCCUCCAAGGCUCGCCUGCGGCACCUGGAGAGCCUGCACGGCUUCGUGAGUGCUGCCACCAAGGAGCUGAUGUGGCUCAACGAGAAGGAGGAGGAGGAGGUGAACUUCGACUGGAGCGACCACAACCCCAACAUGAUGGCCAAGAAGGAGAACUACUCGGGUCUGAUGCGGGAGCUGGAGCUGAGGGAGCGGAAAAUCAAAGAGAUCCAGAGCACUGGGGACCGGCUGCUGCGGGAGGAGCACCCGGGCAGGCAGACAGUGGAGGCCUUCCAAGCGGCUCUGCAGACCCAGUGGAGCUGGAUGCUCCAGCUGUGCUGCUGCAUCGAGGCCCACCUGAAGGAGAACACCGCCUACUUCCAGUUCUUCGCCGACGUGAAGGAGGCUGAGGACUUCCUCAGGAAGAUGCAGGAGAACAUGAAAAAGAAAUACUCCUGCGACCGCAGCAUCACGGUCACACGCCUGGAGGACCUGCUGCAGGACUCCCUUGACGAGAAGGAGCAGCUCGCCGAGUACCAGGGGCACCUGGCCGGGCUGGCCAAGCUGGAGAUCACAGUGCACAAGAACGAUGAGUGUGCCCUGCUCAGCAACGCCCAGCCCUACAAGUGGAAGGUGCUCAGCGCCGCCGGCAGCGAGUCCAUAGUGCCCUCCGUGUGCUUCCUCGUGCCCCCGCCCAACCGGGAGGCGCUGGAUGCCGUGCACAGGCUGGAGGCCACCCAUCAGCACCUCCUCACACUCUGGCACCAACUGCACGUGGACAUGAAGAGCCUCCUGUCCUGGCAGUAUCUGAUCCGGGACAUCCAGCAGAUCCAGUCCUGGUCACACGUUACGUUCCGCACCAUGCAGGUGGACGAGUACCGGCAGAUCCUGCGCACCCUGGAGACGCACUACCAGGAUUUCAUGCGCGACAGCCAGGACUCCCAGAGCUUCCAGCCCGACGACCGGCUGCACAUAGAGCGCGAGUACAACGCCUGCGUCCAGAAGUACGAGCUGCUGCUGCGCAGCCAGGAGAAAGGAGAGCAGGACGAGUCCCUGUGCAAGAACUACAUCUCCCAGCUGAAGGACAUCCGGCUGCAGCUGGAGAGCUGUGAGACCCGCACCAUCCACAAGAUUCGCCUGCCCCUCGAGAAGGACCCGGUCAAGGAGUGUGCCCAGCGCAUCACCGAGCAGCAGCAAAUCCACCUGGAGCUGGAGGGCAUCAAGAAGAACUUGGACAAGGUCAGCGAGAAGACGGAGAAGGUGCUGGCCCAGCCAGAGCAGGCCAGCUCAGCCCCUGUCUUGCGCUCGGAGCUGGAGAUCACCUUGCAGAAGAUGGACCAGGUGUACAGCCUCUCCAGCAUCUACCUGGAAAAGCUGAAGACUAUCAACCUGGUGAUCCGCAGCACACAGGGGGCAGAAGAGCUGGUCAAGAAGUACGAGGACCAGCUGAAGAAUGUGCAGACUGUGCCGUCCGACCUCAAGGAACUGGAGGCCAGCAAGGCCGAGCUGAAGCGGCUGCGUGCGCAGGUGGAGGGGCAUCAGCCCCUCUUCAGCACUCUGGAAACCGACCUGAGCAAGGCUAAGGAUGUCAACGAGCGGAUGGUGAGAGGCCACAGCGAGCGGGACGUGGACCUGGAUCGCUACCGGGAGAAAGUUCAGCAGCUGCUGGAGCGCUGGCAGGCCAUCCUGACCCAGAUCGACCUGCGCCAGCGUGAGCUGGACCAGCUGGGCCGCCAGUUGCGGUACUACCGCGAGAGCUGCGAUGGGCUGCUCCAGUGGAUCCAGGACGCCAAGCAGCGGCAGGAGAAAAUCCAGGCAGUGCCCAUCACAGACAGCAAGACCGUGCGGGAGCAGCUCCUGCAGGAGAAGAAACUCUUGGAAGAGUGCGAUCGCAAUAAGGAGAAGGUGGAGGAGUGCCAGCGCUAUGCCAAGCAGUACAUAGAUGCCAUCAAGGAUUACGAGCUGCAGCUGGUGACCUUCAAGGCACAGGUGGAGCCGGUGGCUUCUCCUGCCAAGAAGCCCAAAGUGCAGUCUGCGUCUGACAGCAUCAUCCAGGAGUAUGUGGACUUGCGAACACGGUACAGCGAGCUGCCCACGCUCACCAGCCAGUACAUCAACAUGAAGCUGUGCUCGGGCGCCGCGGGACCUGGUCUCCUCGGUUGUUCUGUCUUGCUCGUGGGGAGACCCAGGGACCUGAAGCCAUUCCAUGCGCAUCCUCCAGCCCUUCUGCCCUGGACCAUCCCGUGUCUCGGUGGCGUGUGGUUGUGGUUGGCGUUUACGCCGUGGCUCGGUCGUAUUUGUUGUGAUUUCUCUCUUCCCCUUCUCUAUUUUCUCUGCACUCUCUUCCCCCUCCAGAAAGCAGCCGAGAAGCUGAAGGAGGAGGAGAGGAAGCGGCUGGCGGAGGUGGAGGCCCAGCUGGAGAAGCAGAGGCAGCUGGCUGAGGCCCAUGCCAAAGCCAAGGCACAGGCAGAGGCGGAGGCGCGGGAGCUGCAGCUCUGCAUGCAGGAGGAGGUCACCCGGCGGGAGGUGGUGGCUGUGGAUGCCGAGCAGCAGAAGCAGAACAUCCAGCAGGAGCUGAUGCAGCUGCGGCAGAACUCUGACCUCCAGAUCAAGUCCAAGGUCAAACUCAUUGAGGAAGCCGAGUACAACCGCAAGAAGGUGGAGGAGGAGAUCCGCCUCAUCCGCCUCCAGCUGGAGAGCACUGAGAAGCAGCGGACCAGUGCUGAGACAGAGCUGCAGGAGCUGCGGGCACGUGCCGAGGAGGCCGAGCGGCAGAAGAAGCAGGCACAGGAGGAGGCCGAGCGCCUGCGCCGGCAAGUCAAGGACGAGAGCCAGAAGAAGCGGGAGGCAGAGGAAGAGCUGAAGCGCAAGGUGCAGGCGGAGGGAUAGCUGGAGAGCACUGAGAAGCAGCGGACCAGUGCUGAGACAGAGCUGCAGGAGCUGCGGGCACGUGCCGAGGAGGCCGAGCGGCAGAAGAAGCAGGCACAGGAGGAGGCCGAGCGCCUGCGCCGGCAAGUCAAGGACGAGAGCCAGAAGAAGCGGGAGGCAGAGGAAGAGCUGAAGCGCAAGGUGCAGGCGGAGAAGGAUGCAGCCCGGGAGAAGCAGAAGGCGAUGGCAGACCUGGAGAAGCUGCGGCUGCAGGCGGAGGAGGCCGAGCGGCGGAUGCGGCAGGCAGAGCUGGAGAAGGAGCGGCAGAUCCAGGUGGCGCAGGAGGUGGCUCAGCGGAGCGCCGAGGCCGAGCUACAGAGCAAGCGGCUGUCCUUUGCAGAGAAGACGGAGGAGCGGGAGAAGCAGCGGCAGCUGGCGGAGGGCACAGCCCAGCAGAAGUUUGCAGCAGAGCAGGAGCUGAUCCGCCUGAAGGCGGAGAUGGAGAAUGGGGAGCAACAGCGCCUGCUCCUUGAGGAGGAGCUCUUCCGGCUGAAGAACGAGGUGAGCGAGGCCAUCCAGAAGAGGAAGGAGGUGGAGGAGGAGCUGGCCAAGCUGCGGGCUGAGAUGGAGGUCCUGCUGGAGAGCAAGGCCAAGACGGAGGAGGAGUCACGCUCCACCAGCGAGAAGUCCAAGCAGCGUCUGGAGGCCGAGGCCCACAAGCUGCGGGAGCUGCUGGCGGAUGCAGAGAUGGUGAAGCACAAGAAGUUCGCGGAGCAGACGCUGCGGCAGAAGGCACAGGUGGAGCAGGAGCUGACCAAGGUGAAGCUGCAGCUGGAGGAGACUGACCACCAGAAGGGCAUCCUGGACGAGGAGCUGCAGCGGCUGAAGGAGGAGGUGACGGAUGCCAUCCGGCAGAAGGCCCAGGUGGAGGAGGAGCUCUUCAAGGUCCGGGUGCAGAUGGAGGAGCUGGCAAAGCUGAAGAGCCGGAUUGAGGAAGAGAACAAAGCACUGAUCCUCAAGGACAAGGACAACACACAGAAGUUCUUGGCAGAGGAGGCUGAGAAGAUGAAGCAGGUGGCGGAGGAGGCUGCACGGCUCAGCGUGGAGGCCCAGGAGGCCGCCCGCAUGCGGAAGCUGGCUGAGGAUGACCUGGCGCAACAGCGGGCGCUGGCAGAGAAGAUGCUGAAGGAGAAGAUGCAAGCGGUGCAGGAGGCCACGCGGCUGAAGGCCGAGGCGGAGGUGCUGCAGAAGCAGAAGGACCUGGCACAGGAGCACGCCAAGCGGCUGCAGGAGGACAAGGAGCAGCUGCAGCAGCGCCUGGCCGAGGAGACCGAGGGCUUCCAGAAAACCCUGGAGGCUGAGCGCCGGCGGCAGCUGGAGAUCACUGCCGAGGCUGAGCGCCUCAAGCUGCAUGUAGCGGAGAUGAGCAUGGCCCAGGCCAAGGCCGAGGAGGAGGCCAAGCGGUUCAAGAAGCAGGCAGAGGAGAUCAGUGGUAGGCUGCAUGAGACCGAACUGGCCACACAGGAGAAGAUGACACUGGUGCACACCCUGGAGAUACAGCGACAGCAGAGUGACCAGGACGCGGAGAAGCUGCGGAGGGCCAUCGCUGAACUGGAGCAGGAGAAGGAGAAGCUGAAGCAGGAGGCGGCCUUGCUGCAGCAGAAGGCGGAGGAGAUGCAGGUGGCCCAGCAGGUGCAGCUCCGCCAGGAGACGCAGAUCCUUCAGCAGACUUUCCUGACGGAGAAGGAUGCCCUGCUCCAGAAGGAGAAGUUCAUCGAGGAGGAGAAAACCAAGCUGGAGAAGCUCUUCCAGGAUGAGGUGAAUAAAGCUAAGAAUCUAAAGGCAGAACAAGAGCGGCAGCAGAAGGAGAUGGAGCAAGAAAAGCAGCAGCUGAAAGCCAUGCUGGAUGAAGCCAAGAAGCAUCAGAAAGAAGCAGAGGAAAAUGUGCGGCACAAGCAGGAGGAGCUGCAGCAGCUGGAGAGACAGCGGCAGCAGCAAGAAAAACUCCUUGAAGAGGAGAACAAGAAGCUCAGGGAGAGGCUUGAGCAGAUGCAGGAAGAGCACAAGGCUGCCCUGGCACAGACACGAGAAAUCAUGAUCCAGACAGAUGACCUGCCUGAGGAGGUUGUGGUUACAACGCAGCUGAUGGACAUCAAAGCUGUGCCCAAUGGCAGAGAGGUGGUGGAUGGCAUAGCACAGAAUGGGGAGCCAGAGUUUGCGUUCGAUGGUAUCCGCCAGAAGGUGUCUGCAGAGAAGCUGGCUGAGGCUGGCAUCUUGAGCAAGGAGAGCUUAGACAAGUUGGCAAAGGGCGUCGUGAAUGUUGACGAGCUCUCGCAGAGGGAAGACAUCAAGAAGUAUCUGCAGGGCAACAGCAGCAUCGCUGGUUUGUUAAUCAAACCCACCAAUCAAAAGAUGAGCAUUUAUGAAGCCAUGAAGAAAAAGCUGCUCACCCCGGGCACUGCACUGGUCCUCCUGGAAGCGCAGGCUGCCUCUGGCUUCAUAAUUGACCCUGUGCGAAACAUGAGGCUAUCGGUGAAUGAGGCAGUGAGAGAAGGAGUGAUUGGGCCAGAACUGCACAAUAAAAUGCUUUCUGCUGAACGGGCAGUAACUGGCUAUAAAGAUCCUUACACGGGAGACAAGAUCUCCCUCUUCCAAGCCAUGUCAAAGGAGCUUAUUGUCAGGGACCAUGGCAUCCGCCUGCUCGAGGCCCAGAUCGCCACCGGCGGCAUCAUUGACCCUGUCAACAGCCAUCGCCUCCCUGUUGAAGCUGCCUACAAGCGAGGCUACUUCAAUGAGGAGAUGAACCAAGUCCUCUCUGACCCCACGGACGACACCAAGGGCUUCUUUGACCCCAACACCCAGGAGAAUCUCACCUACCUGCAGCUCAUGGAGCGGUGUGUGACUGACCCGGACACGGGGCUGUGCCUCCUACCACUCACUGACCAGGCAGCCAAAGCAAGGGAGCUGCUCUACACUGACAAAGAAGCCAAGGAUGUCUUUAAGAAGGCUACAGUGAUGGCACCAUUUGGCAAGUUCCAAGGGAAGACUGUGACCAUCUGGGAGAUCAUCAACUCUGAAUACUUCACUGAGGACCAAAGGCGGGACCUGAUCCAGCAAUACAGGACUGGCAAGAUCACGGUGGAGAAGAUCAUUAAGAUCAUCAUCACGGUUGUGGAGGAAAGUGAGAAAAAGAGCCAGAUGUUAUUCGAGGGGCUCCGGGCCCCCGUACCUGCUGCUGAGCUGCUGGAAAGCAAAAUCAUCAACAAGGAUCUCUACAACCAGCUGCACCAGGGGAAGAAGUCCGUGAACGAUGUGGCAGAGAUGGAGUCUGUGAGGCAGUACCUGAAGGGCACAGAUGCCAUUGCUGGCAUCCUAGUGGAGUCGACCGGCCAGAAGUUCACCUUCUAUGACGCCUUGAAGAGAAACCUGCUGAAGCCAGAGAUUGCCUUGCCCCUGCUGGAGGCGCAGGCUGCCACAGGCUAUAUCAUCGACCCUGUGAGGAACAAGCUGUACUCUGUUGAUGAGGCAGUGAAGGCUGAGACCGUGGGGCCAGAGUUUCAUGAGAAGCUGCUGUCUGCAGAGAAGGCUGUGACAGGCUACAAGGAUCCCUAAUCCCUCUUCCAAGCGCUCAAGAAGGGCCUCAUCCCCACUGACACUGGGGUCCGUCUGCUGGAUGUCCAGCUUGCCACUGGCGGCAUCAUCGAUCCCGUGAACAGCCACCGGCUCCCACUUGAGGUUGCCUACAAGCGGGGCUACUUUGACCCGGAGAUGAACGCAGCUCUGUCCGCGCUCCUAGAUGAGGCCAAAGCUUUCUAUUGUCCCAACACCCAGGAGAACCUCACCUAUGCCCAACUGCAGAAGAACUGCCACCGUGACAAGCAAACUGGCCUCUACCUCCUCCCCCUCUCGGACAAAGCCAUCCAGUCACAGCAGGAGGAGAUCUACACAGACAGCCAGGCAAAGGAGUGCUUUGAGAAGGCAACCGUAGAGGUCCCAUCAGGCAGCCUGAAGGGCCGGACAAUGACCAUAUGGGAGUUGAUCCACUCAGAGUACUUCACAGAGGAGCACAGGCGGGAGCUCCUCCGUCAGUACAAGACUGGCAAGGUGACCAUUGAGAAGAUCAUCAAGAUCAUGAUCACCAUCAUCGAGGAGACAGAGACCAAGAAACAGGAGAAGCUGACGUUCAGUGGUCUCCGGGCACCCGUAUCUGCUAGCGAGCUGGUGGAAUCCUGCGUCAUCAGCAAAUCCCAGUACGAGCAGCUGAAGGAAGGCAAGAAAUCAGUGAAGGACCUCUCUGAGACAGAUUCAGUUAAGAGAUACCUGCAGGGGAGUGACUGCAUUGCCGGCAUCUAUGUGGAGGCAACGAAAGAGAAGCUAAACAUCUACGAGGCCAUGAAGAGGAACCUGCUGAGGCCCAGCACUGCUGUAGUUCUCCUGGAGGCCCAGGCCGCAACUGGAUUCCUGAUUGAUCCCAUGAAGAACCGGAGGCUGUACGUCAACGAGGCAGUGAAGGCUGGCGUCGUUGGGCCCGAGCUGCAUGAGAAGCUGCUAUCUGCCGAGAAGGCGGUCACUGGAUACAAGGACCCCUACUCGGGAAACACCAUCUCCCUCUUCCAGGCCAUGAAGAAAGGACUCAUUGUCAAGGAGCACGGCAUCCGCUUGCUUGAGGCCCAGAUUGCUACAGGUGGCAUCAUCGACCCUGUGCACAGUCACCGUGUCCCUGUGGAGGUGGCCUAUAAGCGGGGCUACUUUGAUGAGGAAAUGAACCGGAUCCUCUCUGACCCUACAGAUGACACCAAGGGCUUCUUCGACCCCAACACUCAUGAGAACCUCACCUACAUGCAGCUGAAGGGGAAGUGCAUUGAGGACCCUGAGACGGGCCUGUACCUGCUGCCCCUGCGGGAGCCAGAGAAGCCUAUGGUGGUGGAGACCACUCAGGUGUACACAGAGGCAGAGACACGGAAGGUGUUUGAGGAGACGCAGGUGGACAUCCCCGUGGGCAGCAGGGCAGGCUCGUCCAUGUCGCUGUGGGAGAUCAUGAACUCAGACCUGCUGCCUGAGGAGCAGCGGAAGCAUCUCAUGGAGGAGUUCCAGUCGGGCCGUGUGUCCAAGGAGCGCAUGAUCAUCAUCAUCAUCGAAAUCAUUGAGAAGACUGAGAUCAUCCGGCAGCAGAACCUCACCUCCUAUGACUAUGUCCGGCGCCGCAUCACGGCUGAGGACCUCUACGAGGCCACGAUCAUCUCCCUGGACAUCUACAACCUGCUGAAGCAGGGCUCCAAGACCAUCCGGGAGCUUCUGGACAUAGAGACCGUCUGGAAACACCUCUAUGGGUCAGGCUGUGUUGCCGGCAUCUACAUCCCCUCCUCCAAGCAGAAGCUCAGUAUCUACCAGGCACUGAAGAAGGGGCUGGUCAACUCUGAAGUGGCCCGCUCCCUCUUGGAGGCCCAGGCUGCCACUGGUUUCAUGAUUGAUCCUAUAAAGAAUGAGAGGCUGACAGUCGAUGAAGCGGUCAGGAAAGGUGUAGUUGGGCCAGAAAUCCAUGACCGGCUCCUGUCCGCAGAGAGGGCUGUGACCGGUUACAGAGAUCCAUACAGUGAGCAGAAGAUUUCCCUCUUCCAGGCCAUGAAGAAAGACCUCAUUCCCAGUGAAGAGGCCCUGAAGCUUCUGGAUGCCCAGAUAGCCACCGGCGGUGUUAUUGACCCACACCUUGGCUUCCACCUUCCCCUGGAGGUGGCCUACCAGCGGGGCUUCAUCAACAAGGACACGUACGACAUGCUGUCCGAACCCAGUGAGGUGCGGAGUUAUGUGGACCCCUCCACGGAGGAGAAGCUCAGCUACACGCAGCUCCUGAAGCGGUGCCGGAAGGACGAGAACAGCGGGCUCCUGCUGCUCCCGCUCUGCGACACGAGGAAGCUCACCUUCCGCGGGCUGCGGAAGCAGAUCACCGUGGAGGAGCUGGUCCGCUCGCAGGUAAUGGAUGAAGUCACAGCCCAGCGCCUCCAGGAGGGCCUCACCUCUGUCGAGGAGGUCUCCAAGAAUCUGAAGAAGUUCCUGGAGGGCACCAGCUGCAUUGCUGGUGUCUUUGUGGACUCCACAAAGGAGCGGCUGUCCGUAUACCAGGCCAUGAAGAAGGGUAUCAUCAGGCCAGGCACCGCAUUUGAGCUCCUGGAGGCGCAGGCAGCCACCGGGUAUGUGAUCGACCCUAUCAAGGGCCUCAAGCUGACUGUGGAGGAGGCUGUGCGGAUGGGCAUCGUGGGCCCUGAGUUCAAGGACAAGCUGCUCUCUGCUGAGAGGGCAGUAACUGGCUACCGUGAUCCCUACACCGGAAAGCUCAUCUCCCUCUUCCAGGCCAUGAAGAAGGGGCUGAUCCUGAAGGACCAUGGGAUCCGCUUGCUGGAGGCCCAGAUUGCAACAGGAGGCAUCAUUGAUCCUGAAGAGAGCCACCGCCUACCCGUGGAAAUGGCCUACAAGAGGGGCCUCUUUGAUGAGGAGAUGAAUGAGAUCCUGCUGGAUCCCAGCGAUGACACCAAGGGCUUCUUUGACCCCAACACAGAGGAGAACCUAACCUACCUGCAGCUCAUGGAGCGGUGCAUCACUGACCCAGAGACCGGUCUCUGCCUCCUGCCCCUGAAGGAGAAGAAGCGGGAGAGGAAGACCUCCUCUAAGUCCUCUGUCCGCAAGCGCAGGGUGGUGAUAGUCGACCCAGAAACUGGCAAGGAGAUGUCGGUGUAUGAAGCCUACCGCAAGGGCCUCAUUGAUCACCAGACCUACCUGGAGCUGUCGGAGCAGGAGUGCGAGUGGGAGGAGAUCACCACCUCCUCCUCCGAUGGCGUGGUCAAAUCCAUGAUCAUCGACAGGCGCUCAGGGCGCCAGUACGACAUCGAUGAUGCCAUUGGCAAGGGCUUGAUCGACCAGUCGGCCCUGGACCAGUACCGCUCGGGCACCCUCUCCAUCACCGAGUUCGCAGACAUGCUGUCCGGGAACAUGAGUGGCUUCCGGUCGCGGUCGUCCUCCGUGGGGUCAUCCUCCUCCUACACUGUCAGCCCGGCCCCCACACGAACGCAGAUAUCAAUGUGGACCGACCCAACUGAGGAGACUGGGCCGGUUGCUGGCAUCCUGGACACAGAUACUCUGGAGAAGGUGUCCAUCACGGAGGCGAUGCGCCGCAACCUUGUAGACAACAUCACAGGGCAGAGGCUGCUGGAAGCCCAGGCCUGCACCGGGGGCAUCAUCGACCCCAGCACCGGGGAGAAGUGCUCUGUCGCUGACGCAGUGAACAAGGGCCUGGUGGACAAAAUCAUGGUGGACCGCAUCAACCUUGCUCAGAAGGCCUUCUACGGCUUUGAGGACCCAAGAACCAAGACGAAGAUGUCAGCGGCCCAGGCACUGAAGAAGGGCUGGCUGUACUAUGAGGCCGGGCAGCGCUUUCUGGAGGUGCAGUACCUGACGGGGGGGCUGAUCGAGCCUGACGUCGAAGGCCGCGUCUCCUUGGACGAGGCACUGCAGAAGGGCACCAUCGACACGCGCACGGCCCAGAAGCUGCGGGAUGUGAACACCUACUCCAAGUAUCUCACCUGCCCGAAAACCAAGCUCAAGAUCUCCUACAAGGACGCGAUGGACCGGAGCAUGAUUGAGGACGGGACAGGCCUGCGACUGCUGGAAGCCUCCUCCCAGUCCAGCAAAGGCUACUACAGCCCUUACAACGUCAGCAGUGCCGGCUCCACCUCCGGCUCGCGGUCGGGCUCCCGGACGGGGUCCAGGGCGGGCUCGAGGCGUGGGAGCUUUGAUGCCACCGGCUCUGGCUUCUCCAUGACCUUCUCUUCCUCCUCCUACUCUUCCUCAAGCUUUGGGCGCAGAUACGCAUCGGGUCCCCAGAGUGCCGUGGAUGCAGGAGACCUGGCGCUCGCCUUGUCCCACCUGAACAGGAGCUGCGGAGGGGAGGCAGGCGGGACGCGCGCCGAACCGCGCGGGCCACCGCUCAGCGUGGCGUAGAGCCCCCUCCCUGCCCCUUCCGCGUCCUGAGGAACCUGCCUGCCUCUCCUGCUCUGCAUGUGGUCAAGCUGCUGGCUAAUCACUCUAUUAUUUUUUUAAUUUUUAAACUCCAUUUUUCUUCCAAAGCAGUGCCUAAAGUUUAACCAAAAAGACUAGACUAAUAUAUUAAUAUAUACGAUUGUUCUGAUAGUAUUUGUAUAUUAAGAGAUGAGAGAGAAAACACACUACCCUCCCAAGACCUGCAGUCCCAGGAGCUUGCUGCCGUUCGCGCCCUCUGCAGAGCAGGUCCCGCCGCCGCGAGGCAGACCCUGAGAACAGUUUUGUGUUUUUGAUCUAACCACUUCGUGACUCUUUUAUCGUGAACUCCGCCGGCUUCACCCCUGCCCAGCACCCCGAAGGAGGAGCCCGCCGGCCCCGGCCCCGGCCCCGCGAGGAAGGGGCAUCGCCUGCGUUGGGACCCCCGGCCCGACCGCCGCGCCGCAGCUCCGGAGCGGUCCCUGGACC